UGGAGCACCGAUCAUCCCGGAAAGGGAAAUGUCACAUAAAUGAGGUGGAGGUGGUUUUGAACAUUUGGCAGAAAACAACAGUCGUGCAUAUUUGUCCUGCUCUGCAGAAGAGAAGAAGACUCCUCUUUGUUGAACCCACAGCUCUUAGUACCUGUAAACGGUGCUUCUGAGAGCCAUGAAUGACUUUGCAGUUCUCAACACGGGGCGGAAGAUGCCCCUCAUUGGACUGGGAACAUGGAAGAGUGAGCCUGGGAAGGUAAAGCAAGCAGUAGUUUGGGCUUUGGAAUCUGGGUAUCGGCACAUUGACUGUGCAACAAUCUAUGGAAAUGAAGUGGAGAUCGGAGAGGCCCUGCAGGAGACACUCGGCGCAGGAAAGGCCCUGAGACGAGAGGACGUGUUUGUCACAUCCAAACUGUGGAACAACCGACAUCACCCUGAGGAUGUGGAGCCUGCGCUGCUGAAGACUCUGAAGGACCUGAAGCUUGAAUACCUCGACCUCUACCUCAUCCACUGGCCCUAUGCCUUCCAACAAGGAGAUGUUCCUUUUCCCAAAAAUGAGGACGGCACUUUACUGUACGACAACAUAGACUACAAGCUGACCUGGGCCGCCAUGGAGAAGCUGGUGGGGAAAGGCCUCGUCCGAUCCAUCGGCCUGUCCAACUUCAACAGCAGACAGAUCGACGACGUUCUGUCCGUGGCCAGCAUCAAACCCACCGUCCUGCAGGUAGAGGGCCACCCUUACCUGGCCCAGGUAGAGCUGCUGGCCCACUGUCGGGACCAGGGCUUGGUGGUGACAGCCUACAGCCCUCUGGGUUCUCCUGACCGGGCCUGGAAACAUCCCGAUGAGCCUGUUCUGCUUGAGGAGCCGGUGCUCGCUGCUCUAGCAGAGAAAUAUAAAAAGUCUCCUGCCCAGAUUAUCUUGAGGUGGCAGACCCAAAGAGGCGUGGUAACGAUCCCUAAAAGCGUGACAGAGUCCCGUAUCAAAGAGAACAUUCAGGUGUUUGACUUUACCCUUGAAGCAGACGAAAUGAAAAGUGUAACAGCACUGAACAAAGGAUGGCGCUACAUCGUGCCAAUGAUUCAAGUGGACGGAGAACGUGUUCCCAGGGAUGCAGGACAUCCUCACUACCCUUUCAACGACCCUUAUUGACCGCUCAUACAACAACCUGAAUUUGUGCCUUCAACCGCCCCCCCCACCAACACCACAUCCACACCCCCACAUCAUAUAUAAAUGUUCCUGGAUGUGGCAUCAGAGUUUGUCUUUAGAUCAUGUCAAAUCAAGCACUUAUCAUAAGAACAUUUCAAGUUAUUGUUGGUGAUACAAACUGAGAAACCUGUAUGAUUGUAAACAUACUGUACGUGUUAUUUUUUAAAUAAACAUUUUGUUACUUCA